UUUAGACAUGUGGGAAAGCAAAUGGCCACGCGCAGGCGGCUUUUUUAAGCAGCCUGUCAGUCCAUUAGAAAAGUUGCCUGUUUGAUAAACGCCAAGAAUGCACGAAUAACUGUAAAUACACAAGACGUUUUUUUUUGCUGCAUUGCUGUAAUAGGCCUUUUAAUGCAUAAGGAGAUUUGAUGCUUUGGAAAAGGAUUAGCAAGUUAAGGACGAUACUCGGUGUACUCAACCGGAAUGUGCCGAGUUAUGGAAGAUACAAGCCACGACACUUUUGCAGUGUCCCACCAGUCGGUCAGGGUCACACCAUUUUUGCCCUGUCAUCAGGCCGUGGAAAAUGCGGUGUUGCUGUCAUCCGUGUCAGCGGCCCAGCUUCUGCAUUUUGCCUAAGUCAACUGACUAGAAUGAAGCAGGGACUUCCACCUCCUAGAACUGCUGUUCUGCAUAGCAUUUCGGACCCCAACUCUGGGGAGGUCCUGGACCGAGGGCUGCUGUUAUGGUUUCCAGGUCCACAGAGCUUCACAGGAGAGGACUGUGCUGAAUUCCAUGUGCAUGGUGGCCCAGCGGUAAUAAGUGCCAUCCUGCAAGCCUUAGGAAGCUUGCCUGGCCUUCGUCCUGCAGAAGCCGGAGAGUUUACUCAACGGGCAUUUCAAGCUGGAAAGUUGGAUCUGACUGAGGUAGAAGGACUUGGGGAUCUGAUUCAUGCAGAGACAGAGGCCCAGAGAAGGCAAGCUCUCAGACAAAUGGCAGGAGACCUGGGACAAAUUUACCAGACUUGGAGUCAUACACUUACUCGGGCCCUGGCUCAUUUAGAAGCUUUCAUUGACUUCAGUGAAGAGGAGAAUAUUGAAGAUGGUGUUUUAAACCAAGUUGACAACUUCGUUAGGCAACUCCAGAUGGAGAUCAGCUCUCAUUUACACGAUAACCGUCGAGGUGAACGUCUGCGCAGUGGAGUGCAUGUUGUUAUUGCAGGAGAGGCCAAUGCUGGCAAAAGCAGUCUUCUGAAUGCCAUUUGUCAGAGACCAGCAGCCAUUGUUUCUCCUAUUGCUGGUACAACAAGGGAUGUUGUGGAGACAGCAUUAGACAUUGGUGGAUUCCCUGUCCUUCUGAGUGAUACGGCGGGCCUGAGGGAUACCCACGAUAUUAUAGAGAAAGAGGGAGUGAGACGUACACGAGAGAGGCUGGAGCAAGCAGACCUGACAGUGGCAUUAUUAGAUGUAGUGGGGCUGCUUGAGGCCUCCAACAAGUUAGCCCACCUUUUAUUCAGUUUCCUGGAGGACUUGAAUGUCCGCCAGAAGCAGUGCAUUCUAGUCCUAAAUAAAAUUGACUUGCUGAACAAAAAGGAAUUGAACUAUCUGCAUUGUGCGGUGAAAAAGGAAGAAGAUCUGCCCACUGUGUGCUGGCUGUCUUGCAAAACAGGCAGCGGCAUCGAGGAGUUUCUUAGAGUUCUUCGAGCAGAGCUGGAGAUAUUGUGUGGAAACCCACUGUUAGGAAUGCCCAGCCUGACACAGGCUCGACAUCGCUCUCACUUGCACAAGUGUCUGGAAGCUCUGGGUCUUUAUGAAUAUUAUAAGGAGACUGACAUGGCCUUGGCAGCAGAGGGGCUUCGUUCUGCCCUUGCCAGCCUUGGAAGAAUCACCGGGAAAGUGGGCGCUGAGGAGAUUUUGAAUCUGAUAUUCAGAGAUUUCUGUAUUGGUAAAUAAAGGGUCACAGGAUGCCAAAAUCUUUGCCAGGAAUAGGAGCUACAGCUGGAUGGGGUGCCAGUCAUUUACAAGACAAAAGUAUGAACAUGAGUUUAAUAAGUCUGCUGAUAUAUGUGUCUUUAGGACAAAGUAGGACAUCAGAAUACCAGGAGGAAGGCCAUCAAAGAGAAUGUGUAGAAUUUACAGGGAUAAUAAAUGUAAUGGAAGAACAUUUUUUAUACUUCAUAUUAACCAAAUUGAACUCAGUUUAAUAAUUAUAGCAUGGGGAGCAUUUUAGCUGAGAGCGCACAAAAUGUAUGUUGGCUUCACCUUAGUUAAGGAUAUGAAUGUAAGUUGGAGCAGACUGAAAACGAGUGGAAUGUGCCGAAGCAGUAUUGCCCUCUUUCUUUGGCUCCUUGAGCCAGUCUUUGGAAAUGCAGAGAAACCAUCAAAGAGAAAUGCUUUGUUUUGCCAAUUAUACCUUUAGGAUUUGUUGCAUUCCUGAAAGUCUUUAUAAUAUCAGUGAACUCACUUGGGACGCAUGCAAAGACAUAUACCCUCUUGCCCUCUCAAACCUCCAGCUCUGUACUUGUAUUGGUAAACCAUGGCCCUGCUUGGUAGCGUGAAGAACAGGGCACUAAGCCUAAGUGCUGACCUUUUCUGCCAACAAAGUGUGACGCACAGUCCGACUGCACUGGGAAGGAGGUGCAGUUAAAGCACAGGAUUUCCUGAUCUCAUUCACAGCAAAGACAGGGGCAGCUGCUUCUUCGUCUGCCACACAUCCAUCACAACCCAAGUGCUGCUAUUGUCUUGCAGAAUAGUUGUCUUCUGACACACAGGAAGGCUUAUAAUGAGCUCUUCGUCAGUCACUGCCUUCUGGGAUCUCUUGAGCAUACAAUCAGCACUUAACCACGCUCCAGCCGGAUCUACCUCUCCUGACCUUUGAGCUGCCUCCAGAAAAGAGUGCUGCUAUGAACCAGUGCCUGCUUGACCUGUCUGAAGAGCAGAUGAAAUUAGAGACAAUAGAAGGUUAAAAAAAAAGGCAUUCCUGUUUUGGAACAUGUACAGAAGUAACUUUCCAUCAUCAGUAAGCUGUUGUGCCUUUUUUUAAUAUAGUAUUAUUUAGACUUAUUCGUAAAAUUAUCAUUUUCCCAUAUGUUGUUUGCCCCUCUACUAUAGUGUAAAGUGAUAACUGGUAAAGUCACCUUAUAUUUAAUGAUUGCUUGUGUAGGUAUAAUUUCUCCUGGAAGAAAAAAUCAACCACUGAUAAUAAGUAAGGAAUCUCUGCACACUUUAUGGAUGGAGACUUGUGUUUCGUGCAUCCUCAUUGUAGAUUUUUUAGGGCUUAUCUCUGCAGAAGGUGAUGCAGGUAAGUAAUGCUAAUAAAAUCAAGUGUAACCAGUAGCGGGUUGAACAUGAGCCCCAAACUUCAGACACAAUCACACCAAGUUCAAGUAUAGUCCCUUUUUAUUAGUAAACAUUAUCUUCACAGACAGAUUAAGAACUCCAGUGUAUUAACAGCACAGAAGACAAUCCUCAUCCUUCCACACUUCUCUCGUCAAGCAUCAUCCACCUCCUCCCGACUCUGACUCCUUGGUCAAGAUAACACGGCUCCUUUUAUCAUUUACCUGGUGGUGUUUCCAGGACACCAACAUGGUCUGUAGGAUGCACUUCCAGGUCAGACAGCAGUCCCACAAAGUAGGGACCAUUGCCCCUUGCAGCACACCCAGGGGUCACCCAUGAAACCCAACACGGCUGUAUUCUGGAAGUCCAAUUCCCAUGAUGCCCUUGUGGGUAUCUGAAGGGGAUCCGAAUCCCUGGAAUGCUACCCUCUAAUGUAUCUGGGGGACAUAAUACCCAGAUGCUGGUGUCCAUCCUGGUCCUCCCAACAUACUGGCCUCCCUGCUGGGUAAGGAUUCUUGUUCCCAUCUGGUCAGAGAGCCUGUUCUUCCACUUUCUUUUAUAAUGGUGUCCCAUCUGGGCAAGGAAUUACCCUUUUGAGACACCCGUCCAAUCUUCUGUGGUACUCGCACAGGAAAACAGUGAAUGGCAUACUAUAUGGCACAUUAUCAGUCUAUAUACAUACCAGUAUCACACCAGGAUUCUCUCCCAGUUUGCUUUUUGUAUCAUACUACAGUUUUCUGCCUUAGAAGCAAAUACUUCUUGUAGUUUACACAUUUGACAUUAUAAGUCAAAAAUUCAUCAUUUGGGACAUGCUUUCAACAUCAUCAGCCAUGGCUGGGAAUAGCUAUUGUUGGUGCUGGCAUUAUUUGAAUGAAAUUAGCAAUAUAAUAUUAUGUCAAGGUGUGCAGAUUGAGUUUAUAAUACAUCUUAUAUACAGCUGACCACCUCAGUGUUUCUUGAAAACAUUGUUUUAGAAACAUGUCCACCCCAACAGUUUAUUCUUGCGUUAGAAAACUAAAUCUACAAG